AAUUUUCUACUUCGCUUGUUGCUCAUCUUGUUGAUUUUUCGUUUUUCUUUUUUCUUUAUAUUUUAUUUUUUGCUUUUCUCUUGUUGCACAAAAAUAAAAUAUAUUUUUUAUUUCAAAUCAAAAUUGUUUCAAACAAAACAAUACAAAAUAUAUAUAAAAUCAUAAUCUAUAAAUAGUAUGCAAAUAACAAAAGAAAUUAAAAAACAUUCCAAACAUUUUGGUUUUGGAGUCUUUUGGUAGCCAUCACUGAAAGAAAAUGUCCCUACGUGCAAUAAAAAAACGCGAUAGCUCUAAACCAUAUAAAAAAUAUCUCCCCGGCUCUAGACCACGUAAAUUCUCCCCCGAAUCACAACCAGAAUUACGUAAACUAUCUCGAUCCUAUCCGGACAUAUCGAGACCAGAAGAUACUGGUCAUCCUCUGUACUCGUCUAGAUUAUCUUCGAAAUCUGACGGUGAUGUGCAAAAAUUAGCAGCCUCAUUCAAAGGCAAUACAAAUUUACUUGGUGCUAAAUCAGAAGUUUGUUUAAAAACAAUUUCUGUGCAUAAUACAGUUCACAAUAACACUCGAGGUGGCGUUGGUGUCAGUUCAGCUGGAAGAAACGACACAAUGCCACUUCAAGGUGCUCACAGUGAUCGAUAUUUGUCGAGAUCAAAUUAUGCCGAGAGUAGAGCAACAAGCACUUCACAAAAUAGCAUAUCACUCAAUGAAACUAGACGACGAAUGAGUGAAUGCAGCAUUUCGAAUCGUUUUGGUCGAAGUGUGGCCUCCUCUGAGUUCGGUGAACGAACUGGGUUUACUGAUACAAGUGCUGUUCGCAUUCCUAUAAUCGGCUAUGAAGUGAUGGAAGAACGUGCUAGAUUCACUGUCUAUAAGUUGCGUGUAGAGAAUCCUUUUACAAAUGAUUGUUGGUUGGUUCUUCGUCGUUAUACUGACUUUGUCCGUUUGAAUAACAAACUAAAGCAGGCUUUUCCUACUCUAACUCUUCAUCUGCCGAGGAAGAAGAUAUUUGGAGAUAAUUUCAAUUCGGUGUUUUUGGAUAAUCGGGUGCAGGGUUUACAGAUGUUUGUUAAUUCAAUUAUGUCUAAAGAAGAGCUUCGGAAGUUUAAAUUGGUGCGAGAAUUCUUUUGUUUGGAUGAACCACCUACGUAUUCGGAGAGUAUGGAAGAAUGCAGGGCAAUAUUUGAAGCACAAGAAGAAACGAUAGCACAUUUGAAAAUGCAAAUAAGUAGCAAAAAUGAUUUGAUACUUAGUGCACAGCAGAAAUUAAGUGCUGCUUUGUCGGAGAAUGAACAACUCAGAGAGAGCUUAAAAAAAAUCUCAAUUGGAUGUCCCAAGUGUACCCCAAAUGGGUCUGCAACAAAUCAACUGCCAAGAGCGUCACAAUAACACAGUGACAAGGUCACAAAUUAAUAUCCAGACGCUAUUAGCAACGUUUAUUACACAUAUAUAUAUAUCAUGUUAAAUGCAGUAGUUUAGUACACAUACAUAUUUUUUUUUAUAUAGUUAAUGAUGAUGACAAAAAAAAUGUUAAUGUUUACAAAAA